AUAACAUUUUUCAUAUCCAGCAUUAGAGAGCCAUUAAAUACAGAUUAGCAAACCUAUAACUAGGGGGAAAAAAAAGAAAUUAAAAGGCGCAGUUCCAAUGGAAUUAUCAUCCCACGCUUUUUGGAGAGGGCGAUGAAAGCUCCAGCUCCAUGAACCAAAGGGCAUGGGUAUGGAGUCCAGCAGAGAAGAAGUGCAUCUUUCUCCUCCAGCGAAGGAACACCAAGGCAACACUUCUCCAGGUCCACGCUUUCAUGAUCCAAAACGCCCUCCAAACCAACGUUAACCUCCUCACUAAACUUAUAACCACCUUUGCCACCGUCGUCCCCGCAUCUGGUAUCCACCAUGCCCGCCGUAUAUUCGACUUCUGCCAUCGAAAGAACGACACUUUUCUUUGCAAUACAAUGAUUAAAUCCCAUUUAGCUGCGCGUCAGUAUAGUGAAGCUACACGUCUGUAUACAUAUUUGCUAAAAAAUGAAGCGUUUAAGCCAGACAACUACACAUUUUCCAGCCUUGCUAAGUGUUGUGGGCUAAAUUUGGCGGUCUGGGAAGGCUUGGGGAUUCAUAAUCACGCUAUGAAAAGUGGGUUUGUAUCUAAUUUGUAUGUUGGGACUUCAUUCGUUGAUAUGUAUGGGAAGUUCGGAGAAAUGGGUUUUGCGAGAAAGAUGUUCGAUGAAAUGACUGAGAGAAGUUCCGUUUCUUGGACUGCUCUCAUUGAUGGGUACGUGAAAAAUGGUGAUAUGGCUGCGGCUUUGGGACUUUUUUAUUUUAUGCCGGAGAAAGAUGUGGCCGCCUAUAAUGUGAUGAUUGAUGCUUAUGUAAAGAUGAGGGAGAUGGGUUUGGCUAGGAGUUUGUUCGAGACAAUGCCGGAGAGGAAUGUAGUGUCUUGGACUAGUAUGAUUGAUGGUUACUGUAGUAUUGGUGAUGUUGAUGAAGCUAGGUUGUUUUUUGACGCGAUGCCAGAGAGGAAUUUGUUUUCUUGGAAUGCAAUGAUUGGGGGAUAUUGCCAAAAUAAGCAACCCCAUGAGGCUUUGAGGUUGUUUCAUGCGUUGCAACUGGAGAGGAUGAUUGAACCAGAUGAUGUUACUCUUGUGAGUAUUCUUCCAGCUAUUGCUGAUCUCGGUGCUCUUGAAUUGGGGAGCUGGGUUUACCAUUUUGCUAGGAGGAAAAAAUUGGAUAGAUCAUCAAAUCUUUGCACUGCCUUGGUUGAUAUGUAUGCAAAGUGUGGAGAAAUUGAGAAAGCUAGAGGUGUUUUUGAUGCCAUACAGUUAAAAGAAACAUCUAUAUGGAAUGCUUUGAUUAAUGGGUUGGCAGUGAAUGGGCGUGCUGAAGAAGCUCUAGAGGUAUUUUUGGAGAUGAAGGGUAAAGGGUUCAAGCCAAAUGAUGUUACCAUGCUUGGAGUUUUAUCAGCUUGCAACCAUGGGGGUUUAGUGAAGGAAGGAAGGAGAUGGUUUAAAGCAAUGGAAGGAUUCGGGCUUACCCCGAGAGUUGAGCAUUAUGGCUGUCUUGUAGAUCUGUUGGGAAGGGCAGGAUGUCUGGAUGAAGCUGAAAGCUUGAUUGACCGCAUGCCUUAUGAGGCUAAUGGAAUUAUAUUAAGUUCUUUUCUAUUUGCUUGUUACUAUGCUAAAGAUAUUUCGAGGGCUGAGAGAGUAAUAAGAAAGGCAAUUGAUAUGGAACCUUGGAAUGAUGGGAACUAUAUUAUGCUAAGAAAUCUUUAUGCCUCUGAGAGAAGAUGGAAUGAUGUAGAGGAGAUCAAAGGUUUGAUGAGCAAAAAGGGGGCAAAGAAGGAGGUAGGUUGUAGUGUCAUCGAGAUCAAUGGCAAGGUUUGUGAGUUUGUUGCUGGGGAUAAACUGCACCCAGAGUCAGCUGUCAUACACUUAGCCAUGGAGCAUUUGCAGUUGCACAUGAAGGCAGAGAGUACUUAUUGGUUCUGAACAACUUAAACUGACUGAAGCUUGAGCAAAGGACAAGCUUGAUGAUCGAGUUGCAUCUUAAUCUGAGAACUCCUUACAGAGGACCUACAAUUAUUCGUUGAAUAUCAAAAGAAUCAUCUACCAUUAAAUAACCGUAAGAAGCGUGAAGAUAUACAUUGGUCAUUGAGCUUUCUUUUGUUUGUUUCUCCUUCAAUUAGGGCUCAAAAAUUGUUGAAUGGUGUGUGGAAGAGGAUGGCUUAUGCCAAUAACUUACUUGACCAUCAUUGCCAGGUUUGCCAACAGCACAGAUGUUGAGCUUGCUGAUGGGGACCCUUCAUAGGCAGUUUAUAGAGAAAGAUGUGAACAGCUUAGAGGAUUUCCACAUGGCAAUUCUUGACAUCUUCAGCACCAUCAAUGCGGCAUUACCUGGUAAACACUAUGAUGUUCCUCCUCUGAAAGAUGUUGAGGUCUCUUUCUCUCUCUCUUCCUGGUGACCAUGCAUUUCUUAAGUAGGCCUGUUUCAAAGAUCUCUCAAGCACACACUCAUUCAGACACUCGCAUUGAGAAUUCCUGGUAACCAUGGAUUUUUUGAAUAGGCCUAUUUCAAAGAAUGGAGUUCAGCCGACGAUUCAAA